AUGUUUGACAACUUUCGUCGACAACCAAGCGAACAGGAAAACGAUGCGGAAACGCCGGCAACCGAUCCUGCCUAUAACGUUCAAGAAAGCAGUUGGGGCCUCAGUUGGGACACUCGAGUCCAGUGCUUUGCCGGUUGCUUCAUUCUUUCGUGCGUCUCCUCACUAUGCGCAAGCGCAUUGCUGGUGAUUGGACGUUUCACCGGCUUUUGCGUCUUGACCUCAGUUGGCAGUUUAUUGUCGUUAGGAGGGACAUGUUUCUUAUCCGGUCCAAUCAAACAAUGCAAGAGCAUGUUCGCGGCGAAUCGUUGGGUGGCCAGUCUGGCCUAUAUCGGAUUCAUUUUAGCGGCAUUGAUAUCUGGAAUGGUGCUCAACAAUGCUCCGCUUGCAAUCAUUUUCACCGUGCUACAAUAUUUGGCAAUGGCCUAUUAUUCGCUCACCUAUAUUCCGUUUGCCAGGCGUUGGAUAGAUCAUGUGUUGUGCUCAUGCCUCGGC